GAAUGGCAAAAACCUCAAUCAUUCUGUCAAAAAAAGUGAAAACAAGAUUAUUCCGAUUUUGUAUAUUUAAUUGUAGAACUAAAUACAGUUAUUUAGGUUAAACAUUAAAGCAUUUAGAGGCAGCGCCAGCACUAGAUAAAGUUGAUCUUUAAUCAUGGGUGGGGUGCUAAGCUACUUUCGCGGACUGCUUGGCUCCAGGGAGAUGCGCAUAUUGAUACUGGGGCUGGACGGCGCUGGCAAGACGACGAUCCUCUACAGACUGCAGGUGGGCGAAGUGGUGACAACGAUACCCACGAUUGGCUUCAACGUGGAGCAGGUGACAUACAAGAACCUCAAGUUCCAGGUCUGGGACCUGGGCGGACAGACAAGUAUUAGGCCCUAUUGGCGUUGCUAUUACAGCAACACGGAUGCUAUUAUAUACGUGGUGGACUCGGCGGACCGUGAUCGGAUUGGCAUUUCCAAGGACGAGCUGCUGUAUAUGCUGCGCGAGGAGGAGCUGGCCGGAGCGAUACUCGUUGUCCUGGCCAACAAACAAGACAUGGAGGGGUGCAUGACCGUGGCCGAGGUGCAUCAUGCGUUAGGGCUGGAGAACCUUAAAAAUCGCACAUUUCAAAUAUUCAAAACAUCCGCCACCAAAGGCGAGGGCCUGGACCAGGCCAUGGACUGGCUAUCCAACACUCUGCAGAGUCGUAAAUAGUUCUCGUAAUCAAGUCACACUCCCCAUCCCCCAGCCCCCAGCCCCCUAGGCCGCCACCUACCCCUGUGUAAAAAUAUUUAUCCAAAGCGUCGCCUGCUAAGGAUUCGUCUACAGCUUUUUUUCAAUUUUGCAAAUUCGCGCAGAGAAAUCCAAGAAACGAAACGAAAGAACUUUGUAAUAACUUCUAGUAAUAUAAUUAUUAAAUUA